AUGUAUUUUUUAUUAUUAUUAAAUAUUUUUGUACCAUAUAUUUAUGGAAAUACUUAUGAAAUAGUACCAGAUAAUAUUUUUUCUGCCGGUAAUUUAUUGUAUAAUUCAUUGAAAUUAGAUCCCAAAUCUGCUUCAUUAUAUGUUACUGGAAAAGAUUCAUUAUUUAGAUUGUGGAUUUAUAAUAUUAAUGAUACUAGUUCUGAAAGUUUGUAUGCAAAAAAAAAAUUGAAUAGUGAGAAUGAUGAAAAAGAGGAAUGUAUUAAAUUAGGAAAUUCUGAAUUAGAAUGUGCAAAUUGGAUUAGAGAAAUCUUUCAAACAUCUAAUGGUGACUUGAUUAUAUGUACUAGCCAAGCUAUGAAGCCAACUUUAAUGAGAUUAAAUGGUUUGUCAUUAUCUACUAUUGAUGAGCCAACUAUUUCAAUUGGAGUUUGUUCAACACAUGAUAAUACUAAUACAACUGCAAUUUAUGUUGAAGAAGGAAAUCCUGAUGGUCUUCCUGCUAUUUAUUCUGGAAUUAGAACAGGUCUUUCACAAGAAAAUCAUUUGAUAUAUAGACCACCAUUAACAAAAAAUGGUAAAGAAAUAUUUUCAUCUAUGAGAUCAGUUUUUACUGAUUCAAAAUGGCUUAAUGAACCACAAUUUGUUGGAGCUUUUGAUGAGGGUAAUUAUGUUUACUUUUUUUUCCGAGAAAUAGCUGUUGAAUUUGAAGGUUGUGGUAAAACAAUUUAUUCUCGUGUAGCUAGAAUAUGUAAAAACGAUUUAGGUGGUAAAAAUGUUAUGAAACAAGUUUGGACAUCUUUUAUUAAAGGACGCCUUAAUUGUUCCCUAUCAACAGGAAGUUUUCCUUUUUAUUUUGAUCAUAUUGAAAGUAUAUUUAAAGUUAAAGAAGAUAAUGAUGUACAUUUUUAUGCAUCUAUGAGAACAGCUGAAUCACCUUUUCAAGCAAGUGCAAUAUGUAUAUAUAGUUUAAAUCAAAUUAAUCAAUUAUUUGAUAAUGGUAUAUUAAUGGAACAACCUAAUGUUAAUUCAUUAUGGAUUCAAACAUUACCAGAAAAUAUUAUAGGAAAAAGACCUGGAAGUUGUAUUGGUGAUUCAAGAACACUUUCUGAUUCUGAUUUACAUUUUGCCAAAAAUCAUUUAUUAAUUGCUGAUAGUAUUCCUGGUGGUGAACCAUUAAUAUUUAACAGAGAUAAAUUAUAUUCAACAAUUUUAGUUGAUACUUUUGAUAAAGAAAAUGGAAAUGUAAUAUUUGUUCAUAUUCCAGCAGAUCAAGAAAUAAUGAAACUUUCAUAUAGAAAAAAUGAAAAUGGUAAAAGUAUUGUAAGGAGAUUAAUAAAUUUAAAACUAAGUAAUUUUAAUAAAGUAAAUUCAUUAACAAUACUACCAAAUGAAUAUUUAUUUGCUGCUGAUGAUAAUAAAAUUGCUCAAUUUAGAUUGGCACAAUGUGAUGCAUAUGAUAAUUGUGCUUCAUGUGCCUCUGAUCCAUAUUGUUCAUGGAAUAUUGUUAGAGAAGAAUGUUUUUUUACAGAAAAACACUAUAAAACAACAGUUGGAUGGAUUUCAGGAAGUUUUAAUGUUGAUAAAUGUAAUACAAGAGUUAAAGCUACUGAAAAAAUUUUAUAUCCGGGUGAUUCAUUUAUUUUAAAAGGUAAAAUAAAUAGUAUUUGGAAGAAGAAUGGAAAAAUAUUAGAAGAAGAUAAUGAUAAAAUAAUAUCAAUAAAAAAUGGUGGACUUCUAAUAUUUAAUGCAACAUCUGAACAAACUGGAACAUAUGAAUGUUUACUAGAUAAUAUUAGAAUUUCAAUGUAUAAUAUUGUUGUAGAUAAUGAAAAAUGCACUCAACCAAAAUCAAUAGAUCAAUUUCGUUCCAUUCAACGUGAAUGGUGUAAAAAAUUUGAUGCUUAUAAAACUAAUUUAGCAAAGUGGCAAUUGUGGUAUGACAAAAAUGCACAUUGUCCCAGAAUACCAGAUGAGUUACAUGGAAAAAUGAUUCCCCCUAAACAAAAUAUUUAA